CGACCAAAUCGAUUAUAAAGGUGCAAGCUCAUUGGUCGGCCGGCCUCGAACGCUACGCCUCAAUGAAAUUCCAUUGGCGAAUUUGAACCCUCCUCUGAUGUUUACCAUCACAGCUGAUAAAGAUUUAAAGGACACGCGGGAAUGACAAUGACAGAGCGAUAAAGACAGCAAGGUCUGAGCUGGUUGGAUGCAAACAGAGUUGGAGUCUGCCGUUUCUGCAUGUCUUUGUGUACCUUGGCCUAUUUAUUAUCGUGAUUAUUUAUUAAGAGGCUUGCGUAGCAUCUGAGUUUCACCGUUCCCUGCCAUUCCCUUUUGCCUGUCUUGACCUAUCAAUUUCACAAAAGGGACUAUGUUUGAGACCAGCCACAACGACCUGAUGCUGUUCGCUUCCCAAGAAGAUGAGGCGGCCGUGCACAACCUGCUCUGCGACGGAGAGGCGCCAACGAGCCAGGGCUUGUCACUUGCCGAGGCCUUGCUCCCCCUAGUGCAGACCUCUGCACCUCAACUCACACCACUCCUGUAUUCAACACGCUACAAGACGGAGCUAUGCAGCCGCUAUGCCGAGACGGGCGCAUGCAAAUACGCAGAGCGUUGCCAGUUCGCCCAUGGCCUACAUGACCUGCACGUCCCCUCUCGCCACCCCAAGUACAAGACGGAGCUUUGUCGCACUUUCCACACGGCCGGCUACUGCGUGUAUGGCACUCGUUGCCUCUUCGUUCACAGUCUGCAGGAGCAGAGGCCACCUUCUCGCCAUCAACGCAGGCCCGGCCAUGUCCGCACGGUGCCUUGCCGCAACUACCGAGCCUUUGGCGUCUGUCCCUUCGGCACCCAUUGCCACUUCCUGCACGUAGACGCCGGCGCCUCGGAGGCCUCAACGGACAGCGAGGAGGAGAAGAUCUGCCCCCCGCCGACUGCCUCAUCUGCCACCGCCGUCCCCCACGUACCUGCCCGCUCAGAAUGGAAACCUAGAGGCACCCUCUGUCGCACCUUCAGCGCAUUCGGCUUCUGUCUGUACGGCACCCGCUGCCGCUUCCAGCACGGCCUACCAAAAGCAUUGCAAGGCUCAAGCUUGGAUUCCUUCUCUGCACCUUCUCCAUCCUCCAGUCAACCCACCUGGCCCUCCUUCCCCACGUCAUUGACCCAGCUCCCGACGAGAGCGGUGUCCCCAGCCUCGGAUAUGCGCUCUUCGUCUCCCACGUCGUGGUCUUCCUCUUCGCCACCAUCUGCCCUGGCAUCUCCAAUCUACCCAGACGACGGCUUCCCCAUCACCCCACCGCUCUCCUGCGAGCCUUUAGUCCACAACGCCUUCACAUUCUCCAGUCAGCACCUGAACGACCUGCUGCUGCCCCUGGCCUUUCGUCUCCAGCAGUUGGAGACCAGCCAGGCCAUGGAGGCACUGGAUAAGCCGCUAGGCCUCUAGUCUAAUGAGUUGGAAAGGCCUUCGUUUUUAAGUGUUUCUCGGCAGUGGUCUUAUGGGGUGUGUAUGUUUGAGACUGGGAACUCUCAAAUUUUUAUAUAUUUAAAGUUUUAAGGAGUUCGUUUUUAAUCACUUAGAACUCCUAAGUUCUUACAUUGUACCGGAGUGCUUUUGCUCGCCUUUUUACUAAUCAUGUACAUUGAAGUGUCCUUUUAACUCUGUAAAUUUGCUCACGUACUGUCUUAUUGUUUAUGGAUUUUAUUUAAAGUGACAUAACUUAUUUUUUUUUACCCUCUAACUUCUGAGCAUAAUAAAAAAUCUUUAAUAAAAAAA